AUGAAAGCCUUAUCGUUGUUCUCUGUAUUGUCUCUGACUGUUGCUAGUGUGUCUGCAUUUGAUAGAAUUAUAGCUUAUGCUGAUAGUUUUACUGAUAAUGGCAAUGAUUAUCGUCACAGUCAAUUCCCUCCCUCUCCUCCUAAUUAUCAAGGUCGGUUCAGUAAUGGCCCCACUUGGCUUGAAUAUGUAGCUCAAAACUUGUCGGACUAUACGGUCAUAAACAAUGGCUAUGGUGGGGCUACAACAAACAACGGAGAUGUCUAUUCUCUCUUUAAUGGUUUCACUGUACCGGGUCUUUUGCAACAGAUUGAGACAAUCGAAGUCAACGGUACAAGUGAUGAUCUGUACUUGAUCUAUAUUGGCUACAAUGACUUGAAUUCCAUUCUUAACCCUGACCAAUACCAAGUUGUUAACAAGAAUUAUACGAAAGAAAAAGUAGCUGACAAUGUGAUCACUGGUGUCAAGAAUUUGAUCGAGAAAUACAAUGCUCAACAAUUCUUGAUCUUAAAUGUGCCUCCUUUUGAAUAUUGGCCUGUCAUUCCAGAGGAUAACAAAGAAUAUGCUAAGCAGUUCAUUCAAGACUAUAAUACACUGGUCAAACAAGCGCUGGAAGAUGAAAUUCAAGAUGCUGAACUCACUAUUUUAGAUGACCACCGCUGGUUUCUUGGUCAAUUGGAGAACCCUGAAAGACUUGGCCUCAGUAUCACAAAUGGUCCUUGUUCUUAUGGUCUUGGAAAUACUACUAUUUGUGAUGAUCCUGAAACCCAUUUCUUUUGGGAUUCUUAUCAUCCCGAAGCAAAAGUGCAUGAAGCUUUGGGUGCUUGGGCCACUGACCAAAUGAAAGCAUUGUACAAUAUAUAA